AUGUCUCAAGUGUUAAAAAAGUACAAAUUUGAAUUGGAUGAAAUUGAUGAAGAAAAUAUUGUUGAUACAGAAAAUGAUAGUCAAUUUGAUUUUAAAAAUAAUGAAAUACAAAUUGAAAAUUUUAUAAAUUUAAAAGAUAAAGAAUUAGCUGAAUUAUUAAAAAUACAGAAAGUUUGA